AUGGUCAGAGGCGCGAAUUACGUGCGGAAACUGAUAAUGUACGUACUUCCUCACAGCCAAGGAGAGAAGCGCCGCUGGAAAAAGCGCCGCUUAGUUACGAGUUUGAAUCUAAGGGAAGGACAGUUUUACUGUGACCAAGAUGUUUUACAUUUAUUUGUAUCAUUAAUAUGUCACUUUGGUGACUUUGAGGCCUUAGGCCAGCACCUGCCAAGUUGCAAGCCAGGAAGCAAGUAUUUAAUGGAAAAUGCCCACUUCUUCUUCUUCAUGGCCGCUUUGGGGCCCAUUCUUCACCAAUUAAAUGUAUUUGGCAAACAACUGGGAGUGUCAGAAAUUGUGAUUGGUAGCAUCAACUCUUUGCUACCACUAUUAUUCUUAGUUGCAAAACCUGCUUUUGGGAUUGUAGUUGAUUACUUUCAAGAGCAACGCAAAUUGAUUUUUAUUCUUCUUGUUUGCUUUACAAAUAUAUUUUAUAUUUUAAUGUACUUCAUCCCACAACCAACAGUACCUGUUCUCAACUAUUAUGAAAUAACACAAGUACCUCCAGAAUUGUGUGGUGAGACUGAAAUAGUUGCCAGUAGUUAUUGCGGUGAAGCCAGAAGAACACUGUGCAAAUGGAACUGUACAGAUGGAUUUAGAAGUAACAUUUCUUCAAUGAUCCUUUUUCAAGCGAACAGUGAAAAUGAAACUGGAAACUUACAACUCUGUGCUGCCUCAAAUGAAAACUUUUCAUUUGCCAGUAAUAUCAGUUGUGAUGCAGUCUGUGUUCUUGAUGAUGCAGCAGCAAAUUGUCUGUAUGGGACUCCUAUAUUUUGGAGUUUUGUGAUACUUAUGUCAUUGGGAACAAUUGGCUUCAAUGUGGCCAACAGCAUUAGUGAUGCAAUUUGUUUCGAUGUUCUUGGUGAUGGUGCAGAAAUGGGAUAUGGUAUGCAACGUGUAUGGGGAACAAUUGGAUUUGGAGUAUCAGCUCUUGUUUCUGGAUAUGCUGUUGAUAAGUGGUCAUCAGAUAGUGUCAUUAAGGAUUACACUCCUGCAUUUAUAAUUAUACUGCUCUUUGGUGUAUUUGAUUUCUACUGCUGCACUAUCCUCAAGUUGCCUCGUUUGCCUCGAUCUGAGAAUAUCUUCAAAGACUUGGGGAAACUUAUGAAAUAUAGACACGUGUCUGUUUUUAUAGUUUUUUGUGUUCUUGCAGGCAUUGUAGACAGUUUUAUAAUUUACUAUUUAUUCUGGUAUUUAGAAAAUCUAGCUCAAUUGACAGGUGAUAUGGAUAAUAUCAAAUUUCUAGAGGGUCUAAUAAUAGCUGCUGAGACAUUGGUUGGUGAAGUUAUAUUUUUCAUGCUGUCAGGCAAAAUAUUGAAAUUAAUUGGAUACGGACAUUCACUGACACUAUGUUUCAUUGCGUAUGCUGUGAGACUUGGCUUAAUAUCAGUGAUUUCCAACCCAUGGUGGUUCCUAGCAGUUGAAUUAUUUAUGCAAGGUCCCACCUAUGCCAUGUGUUACACCACAAUUGUUGUGUAUGCCAGUGCUGUAUCUCCACCAGGAACAUCUGCUACUAUGCAGGGCAUUGUAGCAGGAAUGGAUGAUGGCUUUGGUUACGCUGUUGGAAGUCUUCUGGGAAGCUUCAUUCUAAAAUGGCUUGGAGGAAGUAAUGCCUUUAAAGUAUUUGCAGGUAUUGCGUUAGCAUGUGGUAUCAGUCAUUAUGUUAUCUACGAGUUUUAUUUGAAGAACAUUGCUAGUCCAGCAAGUCAACCAGAAGAAGCUGAUUACAAAUCUCCUAUGGAAGCUGUAAAAGCUACUAUUGUGGCAAAUUCUGACAAUGAUCAUCUUGCUGAUGAAAAGGUCUCUUAAACAUUGCCAAAUUACCAAGACUGAAUCAAAUUAAUAAUUCACUUUAAUGUGAAUGAUUAUUGUUUGCGAUACAAAUUAAGUAUCUACAUGUGAGCCAAUAUGUUAGAUUGUGUGGUAUCUCUUGUUGUAUAUAAUGUUUGCAAGUGAUAUGUUUUGUAAACCACUUUUGCAACAAAAUGAUCAAUUAUGUUGUGUUGAGGCAAGAGAAUAGCGCUAUUUUCUUAAAAAUUGUUUUCUAAUAAAUUUGCUAAACCUUUGAAGCAUAGAUACUUUCUUAGGAGUCUGACUGCAGAAGGUACAUGGAAGCUCCACACUUCCUGUGUCAAGUGUGAAAUACUGGUUUUGAAGCUGAUUUACAUAGUAGGAACACAUUAUAUUAUGAGUUAGAUUGAAACUUACAUAAGUAAUUUUGCAUUCCUACAUAAUUUUUGUUUUUAAAAAUUUGAAGAAUAAUAGUGUCUGUUCAAAAUUAGGUAUCAUCCAAACCUUUAUAUUUCUCUUUAUAAACGUAGGGCUAAUAAUAUGUUGUAUCAAUGGAAAAGAGAUAAUGAAAUGCGAUCUUGACCUUCGUAAUCUACUCUCUCAAGAUGACAAAAGAAGAAGAGGUUGAAGAUUAUCCAAAUUCACUUUCACUUCUAUAAGAAGUGAGUAGUGCCACUUGUGAUCUCAGUAUUACUGAUUAUUAUGUCCAAGAGUUCCAUAGACUAGAGCAUAUUAAUAUCUGUGGGAAGGACCCUGCUUAUUCUACAAAAUAAAGGGUUAAAAAAUGAUUAACUUAUUACAUGCACUACAACAGGUUCAAAACGUCGAAUUUGCACAGCAUUACUUUGGUAUAAUUUAAGAUGUGGCAUAUAAAGUUAUGUUUCACAAUAGAAUGAAUACUGAUAAGAAAAAAAUGAUUUUCCUACAAAAUGAAUACUUUCAUUUGCGAAAUGCAUAUAAGUAAAUAAGGCAAUGCAAAUAAUGCAAAAUUCAUGUAAAUGUAUGUGAAAUCCAUUUCCGUAGAUCACCUUAAAAUAACAUGAAUCAUGAAAAUUCUGAAAAUCAAAGCUCUGAGUCAAUUUUUGCAUUUAUCAAGAAUACCAAAAAACACUGCCCACAAUCACAUUCAUAUUUUAAGUGGAAAUAUUUCUGAAUUUCAAAUUGAUAUUUCAAAAUGUUUUCACCAAUUUUGUUUAUGAUGAAUAAUUCUAAUUUGAAGAUCAUAUUUUUCAAGCUUGAAAAUAAAGAUUAAUUUUAUUAUAUUUCAUUUUAAAGUUUUAAAAAUAUUUUGAGUCAAGUUUUCAUGUUAGUGUUUCCAGUGCUUUGUAAUGUAGGAUAGUAUGAUCAAUGCAGACAAGUUAUUCUGAAAUUAAAUUGCAAUGAUAUACAGGUAUAGUGGUCUGCAGUAACAAAAAUUGCGGACAAAACCAUACAAAAUGGUUUUCCAAAAAGUAGCCCUUACACUGCUCAAGAACA